AUGGACCGUACAGAGCUAGAGGAUAGGUACCUGACCCUCUAUGAUGAAAAUAUAGUGCUGAAAAAAUAUGGCCGAAAAAGAGAUGAAGAAAUUAAAAGAUUGGGGGCCAUACAGUUGAGACUUGAGAAUGACAGGAAGAAGUUAUUGGUUGAUUCGGACGGCAAAAGAAUUCCAGAAACCCACUACAUUGAUCAGAUAGAGCAGUUGCAAGACAGAGUCUGCCAGCUAGAGAAGAAUAACGAAAAUUUAAGAAUGAAAGGUGUUUUGAAGAAUAUAGAUCCAAAGAUCAUAAAGAACGUCAGGAAGAUCGUUCAGCAGAAGCAGUUCAAAGCGUCAAACGGAGACACUGCACCCAACGUCAACAUGGUCGAUAAAUCCGAACUAGACCACAUGAUGAAUGAAAACGCAAAGAAGUUUGACGAGUAUGAGUCAAUUAUUGCUGCCCUGAAGCAGCAGAUUCUUCUUACGGACAGCGAACACUCUAAAGAGAUUAGCUAUUUGAAGUCUAAACUUAACGACGAUCAAAAGAAUGUUGUACAUGAAAAUGUGGAGCGAAUAAAGUUGGAAAGAGACUUGAAGGAGAGGAAUAUGAAUUUGCAACAGCUGCACGAUCAAAAUGCUGAUCUGAAAGAUAAAAUGCAAGAGCUAAAAAGGAUAAACGAGCAAGCGUUAGACGAGAUCAACCGGCUUCAAAUGCAGGCGAGGGCUGAAGAGAACAGAGUAAUCGAGCUGCAAAAACAGCUGGAUAGUAAUAAACAGAUUAAAGUCUCUAGUAGAGAGUUAGAGAUGCGUAUAGCUGAUUUAGAGCGCGAAUGCGCCAUCUUGAAGGAUUCAAAUUCGCGCCUAAUCAGAGAAGGAAUGCAAGAAAAACAAAAUGGCGGACAGUCGGAUAAGCGAGAGACGGCCCUCAAAAUCCAGAUAGCCCAGUUGGAGGCGGCCAUGAAAGCCGAUGUUGGAGACAAGGGGGUCAUUCUUGAAAAAUUGGCUAAAGAGAGGGAGCAGAACGACAAAAUAAUGAUAGAAUACAGGGAUAUCAAAAUAAAAUAUCAUGAGCUGAAAAAAAAUUAUGAAAUACUACACGAGCAAGCUGGUAUCUUUGACGAGAAUGGAAUGAUAACGAAUACGGAUUUCAUAGAGGCCUUAGCUAUCGUUAAACAGAAAAAAACCAAUGGCGAACUCGAUGGUGACGUCAUCUCCGGCUUUAAAAUCGCCAAGCCGGAUUUCGUAGAAAAUGUUGAUGACGAUGUUGACAAAGAUGACGUAAAGUCAUUGCAAGCCCAGUUGACUGAAACAAUAUGCGAGCUUGAAAAAACGAGAAACCUUCUGAUUGUCCAGUACAAAAUAAAUAAAGGAUACCAAACUGAGUUAGACACAAUUAGCAAAAAAGCUGAGGAAAUGAGGCGGGAGCAUGAAUGCCAGCUGGAUGAAUACGCACAACUCCUGGAUAUCAGAGCCGAAAGAAUUAGGGCUGAAAAGCUGGAGAUGCAAUUAAAAGACAUUGCAUACGGGACGAAGCAGUAUAAACUCAGUCAAGAUCACAUAUUAUCAGGAGCCGAGAGCCAUGAUGAGGCAGACGUAGUCCUAGAGAAUGGGCAGAACAUGUUCGAGAUACAUAUCAAAUCAGUAAGCUAG